AUGUUGGUAAGGCCGGCUUCAUGGAAGGAGUGGGUCCACUUUCCUUUCUCCCAGAGGGAACUCAGUGUGCCUGGCCGCUUUGCUGCACAGUCCCAAUGGAGCCGGGUCAGAGGGCUUUUGUCCAACAGAAAUAAACAAGCUGAUGGUUGAACGGAUGGGUUUGGCCAUUGCUACACAAUCCCUUCCUUACCCAACGAUGGCAUCAGAGCAAUUAUGUGGUCAGGGUGCAAAAUGGGUAGCUAUGUAUCUCUAUUAGUAUACCAUAACUUCAUUUACACCAUAACUUCAUUUACAUUACAUUUACAUUUUAGUAAUUUCGCAGACGGUCUUAUCCAGAGCAACUUACAGUUAGUGUAUUCAUCUUAAGAUAGCUAGGUGGGCUAACCACAUAUCACAGUACAUAAGUACAUUUUUCCUCUAUAAAGGAGAUAUCAGCAAAGAGAGCUAGUAAGUCAGCUUAACCUAUUUUAGGCUUAGCUCCUAACACAAUUUUAACCCCAAACCCUACAUUCAACUUGACAAUGGCAUAGUUGUUCAUAGAAAGGAAGGGAUCUUUUGCCAUAAACAUUCCCUUUAUUUGAGAUAUGCAUUGUUGAGAAGUUGGUAUUUAAAUGGAUAUCAUGUAGCCCUCUGUAGACUGUUAUCCUCUCAGUUGCCUUAUUUCAGUUGACUGUCUGUAUGGUAAUUAAUCGUGAUUUUUUCCCCUCAAGGAAUCAAUUGAAUAUCAUGGAAUCAUAAUCCAAUUUGUGUUUCAUAAUGCCAUUUUUCACACUACAUUCAUUAGAAGAAACUUGAACAUGCACAUUUUUGGUUGAUUAUGAACAAAACAUUUGUAGCUAUUUCAUUUCAAUAAAACUGUUAGGUCCACACACAGCACAAAUAGAUGUUAUGUAAUUCUCUAUAAAGUUAGCUAAUUUCAAACUAACCUCUCCAUCUUUGGAGAAUGCAGCUUUCAAAACAGAGGUGACACAGUAUGUUCUUUUGAGCUUUGAUUCUGAGUUUUUAACGGACAAAGUAAUGUUAGGAUAUAUGAUUUAUGCUGUUAGAGUUUUUGUGCCGAAUACACUGCGGUGUUAUAGGUGUCACGUUUAUGGGCAUGUUGCAGCAGUGUGUAGGAGGGAGAAUCCAAGAUGUCGGAAGUGUGCAGGAGGACAUAAGACAGAGGAAUGUGUAGUUUUGGUGGGAAAAUGUGUGUGUGUCAACUGUAGGGGUGGCCACAUUGUUGGGGAUCAGAGGUGUCCGGUGCGAGAGAGGCAGCUUGAGGUGGCCGUGAUCAGAGUAGUGCAGAAGAUGUCGUAUGCUGAGGCAGUGAAGAAAGUAGAGGAGGGUGGAUCAAGAAUUAGGGAUUCUGAGAGGAUCCCAGUGAAUAGUAGAUCUGUGCCAGAACAGAGGGAUAGGCCAAUAAGUGAUAUACAGUACCAGUCAAAAGUUUGGGCACACCUACUCAUUCAAGGGUUUAUCUUUAUUUUUACUAUUUUCUUCAUUGUAGAAUAAUAGUGAAGACAUCAAAACUAUGAAAUAAAACAUAUGGAAUCAUGUAGUAACCAAAAAAGUGUUAAACAAAUCAAAAUAUAUUUUAUAUUUCAGAUUCUUCAAACAGCCAGCCUUUGCCUUGAUGACAGCUUUGCACACUCUUGGCAUUCUCUCAACCAGCUUCACCUGGAAUGCUUUUCAAAACAGUCUUGAAGGUGUUCCCACAUAUGCUGAGCACUUGUUGGCUGCUUUUCCUUCACUCUGCCGUCCGACUCAUCCCAAACCAUCUCAAUUGGGUUGAGGUCGGGGGAUUGUGGAGGCCAAGUCAUCUGAUGUAGCACUCCAUCACUCUCCUUCUUGGUAAAAUAGCCCUUACACAACCUGGAGGUGUGUUGGGUCAUUGUCCUGUUGAAAAACAAAUGAUAGUCCCACUAAGCCCAAACCAGAUGGGAUGGCGUAUCACUGCAGAAUGCUGUGGUAGCCAUGCUCGUUAAGUGUGCCUUGAAUUCUAAACAAAUCACAAACAGUGUCACCAGCAAAGCACCCCCACACCAUCACACCUCCUCCUCCAUGCUUUACGGUGGGAACUACACAUAUUGAGAUCAUCCGUUCACCCACACCGCGUCUCACAAAGACACAGCGGUUGAAACCAAAAAUCUCCAAUUUGGACUCCAGACCAAAGGACACAUUUCCACCGGUCUAAUGUCCAUUGCUCGUGUUGCUUGGCCCAAGCAAGUCUCGUCUUCUUAUUGGUAUCCUUUAGUAGGGGUUUCUUUGCAGCAAUUCGACCAUGAAGGCCUGAUUCACACAGUCCCCUCUGAACAGUUGCUGUUGAGAUGUGUCUGUUACUUGAACUCUGUGAAGCAUUUAUUUGGGCUGCAAUUUCUGAGGCUGGUAACUCUAAUGAACUUAUCCUCUGCAGCACAGGUAACUAUGGGUCUUCCAUUCCUGUGGCGGUCCUCAUGAGAGCCAGUUUCAUCAUAGCGCUUGAUGGUUUUUGCGACUGCACUUAAAGAAACUUGAAAUGUUCAGUAUUGACUGACCUUCAUGUCUUAAAGUAAUGAUGGACUGUCAUUUCUCUUUGUUUAUUUGAGCUGUUCUUGCCAUAAUAUGGACUUGGUCUUUUACCAAAUAGGGCUAUCUUCUGUAUACCCCUCUACCUUGUCACAACACAACUGAUUGGCUCAAACGCAUUAAGAAGGAAAUAAAUUCCACAGAUUAACUUUUAAGAAGGCACACCUGUUAAUUUAAAUGCAUUCUAGGUGACUACCUCAUGAAGCUGGUUGAGAGAAUGCCAAGAGUGUGCAAAGCUGUCAUCAAGGCAAAUGGGUGGCUAUUUGAAGAAUCUAAAAUAUAACAUAUAUUUUGAUUUGUUUAACACUUUGUUGGUUACUACAUGAUUCCAUAUGUGUUAUUUCAUAGUUUUGAUGUCUUCACUAUUAUUCUACAAUGUAAAAAAAAAUUUAAAAAUAAAGAAAAAGUGUGUCCAAACUUUUGACUGGUAGUGUAGUUCAUAGCAAUGGUUUUCAACUGUACCGCAGAGAAAAACGUAUGUCACAGAAAAUAGAUGUGGUGGCAGCUGCAGAGAAGUACUUGGUGGUACGAGAUUGGAAUUCAGAAGAGUUACAUGGUGUGUUGAGUGGUAGUGUCCUGUGUUGGCCUGGGGUAGGAUCAGAUAGGGUUAAAGUAGUGGAAUAAGGUGGUGGGUUUUAAUGAGUGUAGGGUUAGUUGGUAGGGUAAUAUUUUUAUUUUUAUUACAUUUUUCCCGUUUCCCCUUUUCUCAUUUUGUAUCACAAAGUGUAAUGGAUGUAUACUAUAGUUCAGUUGGUGGCGGUAAUGCAACAUAUUGGAUGCCAACCGCGAUUAAACCUCACCGAAGAAGAAGAAGAAGAAGAAGAAGAAGAAGAAGAGGCUGCAGCUUUUAAAUACUUGGCCUCUAUUGGUUGACCUGUCAUGAUCUAUUGCCUGUUUGUUUUUUUGCUCUUGAAAUCAUUAUGAUUAAUAUAAUAACAUAAAUUGAGAAUAGAAUAGAAACGACAUAAUCCAACAUCCAGUGAGAAAUGACGUGUCACAUUUUCCCGCACAGUGAGUAUUUUUGCAUUGUGAUUGGUUAAGCGCUAUGCCAAAAAAUGAAUUCGAGAGUUGAUUGGCUGACUUUCUCCAUGCAAAGUCCCGGAUCAAGCGCCCGCUUCAUAAAUGCAUGGCAAUCUGAGGCGGAACUAGUUGUUCAAACUAGACAAGUGCUCGGCGAGGAUCUGUGCAGCUGCAAAUAGUCAGGAUAUCAUAUAAAAUGGUAUUUUUUUUUACUCUUCAAUACUAAAUCCAUCACUUUAUUCAAUGGGUUUACCGUGAGGAUUAGCCCGUAUUUGUGUUAGUUAGCAAAAGUAAUAUUCUUUACCUAACGUUGGCUAGCUAGCUGACAUUAGUAAUGUGAAUCGCUUGCCAUUGGCUGGUUAUCAUCAAAACCCUAACACGCGCUGUAGAAUAAACAGGCUAGUUACACAUACGGCUGUCUUGCAUCAAUACAUAAAAUAAUCCAUACCAUAAAAAUGUGUAUUGCAGGCUGGUGGGAAGGCUGGAAAAGACUCCGGGAAGACUAAGACAAAGGCCAUUUCGCGCUCACAGAGGGCGGGUUUGCAGGUGAGUGCAUUCAUUCGUUGCUUACUAGCAAUGCUAACGCUAGCGCCAAUGAUACGUGUGUGGUAUUGUAGGCUAACUUUAUUGUUAAUUUGCGAACGAUUUAACUAUAACUAAUAUUGUGAGGGUGAAUCUAUAGCCACUCAAAACUACACCAUUUUCUAAAGAUUACUAAAUGUUAGUAAUCUGCUAACAAACUGCCAAAUAGGGUGGGGAGUCACGCAAACCUUUUUCAGUGGAAUUUGCUCGCAAUUUACUGACGGCUAGUUGGGUAAACAAAUGCAUAUAACGUUUCCCGCCCUGUUUUUCAGUUCCCUGUGGGCCGUAUUCACAGACAUCUGAAAUCCAGAACAACGAGCCAUGGUCGAGUUGGCGCGACUGCAGCUGUUUACAGCGCGGCUAUUCUUGAAUACCUAACUGCUGAGGUAACGCAUGUUCAAAAUACUCAUUUUGUGGCGUUUUAUGGCAUAAAACCAUGCAGUACCAUGUAUGCAAUCGCAGUUCAUGGCUCACACUAGUCAGUGAUAUUUACCUGCAAGCUCUUCAACUUCAGGUUCUGGAGCUGGCAGGAAACGCAUCAAAGGAUCUGAAGGUCAAGCGUAUCACUCCACGUCACUUGCAACUGGCCAUUAGAGGCGAUGAGGAGUUGGAUUCUCUCAUCAAAGCAACCAUUGCUGGUGGUGGUAAGUGUAACAGUUAUUUUGUAUUGUUUCCCACUAGUAUUGCUAUUGUACCAUUUUCUUGGUUUUUGAUUUGUCAUGUUUGAUUCCACUUAUCAUUUGUUUCCCUUUUUCAGGUGUCAUCCCUCAUAUCCAUAAGUCACUGAUUGGAAAGAAGGGACAGCAGAAGACUGUAUAACCCUGCAAACAGUGGCAUGGGGUCAUCUCAGGACAUUCUGCUUCAAAAUGGUUCAACAAUGUUUUGCUUGGUAUAACUUUAGGACUUUUUAAAUGUAUGAACUUGCAUCUACUCAUCUGAGGAAAAGUGGCUUCAGAGAAGCUGGUUUUGAUUUUUGGCUUUGUUGAUACAACUGCACUUAUUGUGUGUUCUGUUUUUAUCGUGUACAUUUUGGCAUACCUGUGGUAUUUCCAUGUUUGAAGUUGUAUUUGAAUAAAGCGCCACGGUAUUGUGCA